UGGAUCUAGCCACGGUAGGCUUGCCAUCAGGUCCUCGUACGAAGAUGCCUUCUAGCUCCGCAUUGGGAGUGCUCUGCCCAGUGGCAGGGGGCAGAGGCACGGCGGGGUCGUGGUGCGAGUACGAUUGCCGAGAAGAGCCAUGACUCAGUGUCCGCUCUUUGCCCUUUGUGCUACCUUUGCUCGUCGUACUACCUGCCGCACCACCUUUUCUCCGGGCAGAGUAGCCAGCCAGAGCAUAGUCUUGCGGCCAAGCAUUUCGGAAUCGAUCUCUGAGGUCAGUCGGCUUUCUCCUGCCUCCGAAGACGGGAUCCUUGGCGAUGAUAGUCCAGCUGGAUCCAUGCCUAGCAAAGCCCUGCUUGAGGACUGCAUCUUCGGCAGGGGAGAAGCAUCGCCUCUCUUUCGACUGACCCUUUUCGAAGUGGGACUUGGACCCUUCAGAAAGGCGCCGAGAGGGAAUGUGCGUCUUUGCAUUCGGAUACACUGCGAGGAAAGGGCGGGUAGGAAAGUGAUGCCAUCUCGCUUAAGUGACAGAAGAGACAGUCGAUGACUCCCUGCCGACGAUCACUCACGCUCGGCAUAGGCCUGAGGAAACUUGGUCCGAAACCUAUCCUUCAGAUCACCCGGGUUGCGAUCGGUACUAAAGCGGGGCCGGAGAUCAGCAUCGUUGAGGAUGGCCUUCCAAUUGCCGACGCCAUGCUGCAAAGAGGCGAGGGAGCGUGAGGAAGCAGUCCGAUUCAUCAGCCGCCACGUCCUCGUAGCAUCAGACCCACACAAGCGCUCGUCUGG